CUUCUCCAAGUUUUCUACUCUGUGCACCUACGCGAAAUUGUUGGAUGCUGCGAUUCCGACCGUUAUUCAAAAUGGCCGACGAGACUAUUGCAAAGAAAAUCAAGACCUCGUCUCCUUUGAUUGGGACUCAUAGCGGCCACUUUCAUGCCGACGAGGCCCUCGCAGUCUAUCUACUCCGACAGCUCCCCACCUAUUCUGCCUCUCCCCUCAUCCGUACCAGAGAUCCGGCGCAGCUAGCAACCUGCCAUACUGUCGUCGACCUUUCCACGACCUUCCCCAACCACAAUACCAAAUUAUCCUCAGCGGGCUUAGUAUACAUGCAUUUCGGUCGAGCGAUCAUUGCUGAACACACGUCAUUGCCUGUGGAUCAUCACGAUGUGAACUUGCUGUACGAAAAACUGUACACAGAUUUUAUCGAGGCCAUUGAUGCCAACGACAAUGGCAUCUCAGCCUACGAUCCCGCUGAAAUAUCUGCUGCUAAUCUCGAGAAGCGCUUCAAGGAUGGUGCCAUCACCAUCACAUCGGUGGUGGGCGACAUGAAUAACCCGGAUCCGACCUGCCCGCCCGGAGAGCCUCAGGAUGAGGACAGUCUCUUUGGCCGAGCAAGUACCUUCAUUGGAAACGUUUUCACUCGCAAACUGCACCACGCCAGUACGUCGUGGUUACCUGCACGUACUACUGUAGGAAAUUCCUACAGGUCCCGCCGCGACGUUCAUCCUUCCGGCCGUAUUAUUGUUCUCCCUCAGGGCGGCGUGCCAUGGAAAGAGCAUUUGUAUAACUUCGAAAAGGAAGCAUCGGAAUCCGAUAAGACCAAUUCCGAAGAAGAGGUGUAUUACGUUCUCUACCCCGAGAGUGCUACUGAAGGGUCUAAAUGGCGUGUGCAGUGCGUGUCAGUGAAUGAAACUAGCUUUGUGUCCAGGAAGCCUCUGCCAGAGACCUGGCGUGGUGUUCGCGAUGCAGAUCUCGACGGUGUUAUGGCCGCAGAAGCCGAGAAAACCGGCAAGCCCAAGAUCCCUGAGGGUGCAGUUUUUGUCCAUGCCAGCGGCUUCAUCGGUGGCCAUAAGACCAGGGAAGGCGCAUUUGCCAUGGCCGUCCGUGGCUUGGAACAAUAG